AUGAUGACAUCCAACAUCGCAGAAUCGCUCAACGCUGCACUAAAAGCUGCAAGAAAUCUCCCUAUUGAUAUAUUGGUUGAAUGUCUUAGAAGCUUGGUUCAAAAGUGGGAUUGGAACAACUCAAAUAAUGCAAACAGAACACUCACAAAAGUCUCUACAACAACAGAAAAUGAGUUGAGACAUGGCAUUAUUUCGAAAAUGAAGUAUAAGGUCUUUCCUUUCAACCCAAUAAAAUAUCAAGUUCGUGAUGAAAAGGGGACCAAUUUCACAGUAAAUAUACACAAUAAAACAUGUACUUGUAAUAGAUUUCAAGAAGACAAAAUGCCUUGUGGGCAUGCAGUAGCUGUAAUUGCAAAGAGAAACUUGGGAGUGUAUGAUUACUGUGCAAAGUUUUACAAAACAUAA